UUGAACUGUUAAAAGAAUUUAUUGAAUUUUCUGACAAUAUUAAUAAGACGGGCAGAUCACGAAUGAAAUAUUUGACUUCAUUCACAAAAUAAGUUAUUUUUAGUAAAAUGGAAAAGAAACCGGUGACAUAUACAAUUCCAGAUAGCCUUUGUUACAGUGCGGGAAUAACAGGCUCUUGGAUAUCGGCUAAUACAAUUGGAGCCCAUGCUUUUAAACCAGUUAGGUUUAAUCACAGAGACGCUCCCAGUCAAUAUGCCCAACGACCAACGUUAAUUCACCAUAUACGCCCAGAAAUUGUUAUAUUUGACCCAAUCCUUCGAAAAUUAGUGAAUGAAGCUAACGGAAUAUUUUUAAGAGUCCAACAAAUUAACGAAACUGAAAAAUCAACAAAUAAAACAUGGCUAAAUUUAAGCCAUCAAUACCGGUCUAUUAUACGUGCAUGUUUAGAAAAUUUACAAGAAGUUGAAGAAAGCAAUGAAAAAUAUUCAAGUUAUCUUACGAUAUUUUUUGCUGUGGAAUGUGUUUGGCAUUUGUGUGAAAUUUUAUACAUUGAUCAAAUACCUGGCGAUGUUGUUUUGAAUCCACUGUUAGAAUGGAUAAGAUUUCAUUUUCCAGAACAUGAGCGAAAUGCAACGAAUUUACUUAGUGGUUCGUUGAUCAGCGGUGCUGAAGCGCAUCCUAAAUAUUGGGAUACAGUAAUUGGAGUAUUUAUGCAGGGGAGAAUCGAUAUUGUUCGUGCUUUAUUAAAAUUACAUACGGCUUCGGACAGCGUACCAUUUAAAAUCGCAGACAAUGUUUUACGAAUAAUGCCAUUAUAUAAUGUUUAUGGAGGAUUAUCGGCGAAUGAUUUUCAAACCCGUUGGAAACAUUGGCAAAUGGAUACACAAACCAAAAUAGACUCAAAAUCAUUUACAACUCAAAAAAAUUUAGAAUUAAUGAUGAAGUUAUCUGUAGGCGACAAAGCUAUGUGGGAAUCAGAAGGUAUGGCACGAUGUGAUACGUGGUAUGAAUUUUUAGCAUCCUAUUUAUUAUAUAGUGAACCAUUUGUAAGGCGGUCACAUUUAGGCCCGUUAGCCACUAAAUGCUACGAUUCCUGGCCUACUACCAAUAAGCAUUUGGAUCAAACUUUAUUGGCAAUUAUGCAACAAGAUUUACAUCAGGUAAUUCAUGAAAUACAACAAAUGUCAGAAAAUGGAUGGUUUGCUGCACAUAUAACAGAUUUAUUAUACCAUUGCGGAGCACUUUCGGAUCUCGAUAGUCAAAAGAAAAUAAAUUCACAUGCUUUACGAAAUUCUCUAAUUCAUGAUUAUGGCGUGAUUCUAAUGAGUCAUCAUUCACUGUGGCAAAUUGGAGCAGAUUAUUUAUCUCAUAGUAACGAACCAGGAAUACGUCGUCUAGAAUUACUUUUGGAGAGAGUGCCUUUCAAAUCAGAAGGGCGCGCUUUAAAAAUCAUUCAAGUUGCUCAAAAAUAUGGAUUUCCACAUAUUGUUAAUAGUAUUUGUAAGCAACAAGCGAUGUUGAUGAAACGGAGAAACCGUCCAGGUCACGCAUUAGGUUGGGCAUUAAAGUCAAAAGAUUCCGUGUUAGCAGGUCAAUUAGCAGAUGGCUUGUUAAAAGAAUACAGCGAAAAUGGAACAUUAGUUUCAACUGAUUUAUUAGAUUCUUUAGGCGCAUCAAUGUUAAUUAGCGAUCGACUAAUAUUUUUAGGAAAAUAUUUUGAAUUUCACAAAGAAUACAAAUCAAGAAAUUUCAAAGAAGCUGCAAAUUUAUUGAUUUUGCUUCUAUCUUCAAAGUUAACACCAAAAUAUUUUUGGGGAGUAUUAUUCGCAGAUGCACUUCCAUUAUUAGAAUGUGAUGAUACUGUAUUAAAUUCAAAUGAUACUUAUGAAUUUUUACAUUGUAUCGAACAAAACUGUUCAGAUCCAAAAUAUUCUGAUCAGAUCGAAUUAAUACGACUUGCAGCUGCUCGAAAUCUAGCUCGCGCUCUGGUUCAUGAAAUACAAAGUACUGCCUCUUUAUAAUAAAAAAAACAUUAUUUUUAAAUAUAGUUAAAGAAUUAUU